AUGUUCUUAAUUUUUUUUAUAUACUCAAUAUAUAAAUUAAAAAGCGAUUUACAUUUUCUGAUAUUUUUUUUAUUGAUUUAUUUUUUCAUUAUCUAAUAUCUUUUGAUUCAUUUUAUAUUUAAAUAUUAUUAAUAUUAUUAUAAUUAUUAUUAUUAUUAUUAAUAUUUUUAUUAUUAAUAUUUUUAUUAUUAUUAUUAAUUUUUUUAUUAUUUUUAUUAUUAUUAUUACUUUUCUACUGAUUCUACUCCCUUUAAAUAUUUUAUUAUUUAAACUCUUACUAUAUUUAUUAUUAUUAAUAAUAAAGUUCUUAAAUUAUAUCCUCUUUUUCUAAUAAAAUAUUAUUUAAUUCUUAAUUUUAAUAAUCAAGUUCUGUAUUUUUAUUUUCAAAUUAUUGUUUUUAUUCUAUUUAUAUUAUUUUUAUGUCUUCUAAUUCUUAUUCUUUUUCUUCAAUUUAUUUUUUAUUAUAUUUAUAUUCUUCUUGUAAAAUCUCCAUUUCUUUUAAUAUUUAUUAUUAGUCUUUUUAAAGAUUUUCAAUAUAACUUUACUAAUUAGUAAUUUGCAAUUCAAAUUUUAUAAUUUAUUCCUAUUUUUCUUCUAAUUAUGAUAUAAAAUUGGUUACUAUUUAUUCUUUUUCUUCGAUUUUUUAUUAUAAUUAUUAUUUAAAAUGUUAAAUUUGUUCUUCAGAUUAGCAAAUUAUUAUUUAAAUUUAAUUUUUUUCUUAUUAAAGCUAUUAUAUUUAUUCUUAAUAUUAUUAAUUUUGUGAUUAAAAAAAGGUAAUUUCCUCUUUUAAUUAAUCUAUUUACUCGUUCUUUUAUAUUAUUUUUAAAUUCAUAUUUUAUACAGUAUUUUAGAGUUAGUUUAUUUAAGAAUCUUAAUCAUCAAUAAUAGUAACCUAUUCAUUUUUAAUUGCUAAGCAUUGUUAAAUUAACAUAAAAUGAUUUUAAAAUGAUUAUUCUUAUAUUUAUUUAGGAAACAAUUCACCUAAUUAAUGUAAAAAUUAUUAUUUUUCCUUUACAAAUAAAAAGGUAAAUUUUUUUAAAAUAAAUAAACUAAAUAUAAGUAAAUAUUUACUUAAAUUAAAGAUUGGUUUUAAUCAAUUAAAAGAUUAUUUUUAUCAAAUAAAUUGUCAUUUUCAUUUUGUAAGAGAAGAAUUUCAUCAGUAAGAUUUUUUUCAAUUUGAAUAAAAUUUUAGUUUUUUUAUUAAAUUUCUUUUUAUAAAUUUUCAUUUUAUAAAAUAAUUUAAUUUAAAUUUUAAUUUAAUUUUUCUAUAAUUUUUAUUUUUUCUUAUAUUUCUUCAUCUUUUUUUAUAUUAUUUCUUAUUUUUAAUUACAUAUUUCUAUCAAAUUUUACAGAUUUUUGUUUUCGCCUUUAAAUAAAGAAAUUUUUUACAUUUUUUCUUUAAUCAUUUUUUCCUAAAUUUAUAUUUUUUCCUUCAAACCUUAAUUCUCAAUUUUUAUUUUUUAUAAAUCGAGUAUUUUGUUUGACUAAUCAUGCGUUUUUUGUAAUAAUAAGUUCAUUUAUUAAAUGCAUAUUCCAUCAUUUUAAAUAAUUUAAAUUUAUUUUUUUAAUAAUUAUUAUUAAAGUUCUUUUAUUUGA